UCAGUUCCUAGUUGCGGACAUUUCAACCUCUACCGUCUCUCUCCUCAACUUCAGGAGAUCAAUUGUGGAAGCAGCAAUCCGAAAAAGUGAACAAAACGACGUAGCAUCAGGAUCAACACUUGCACCCAAGCCAUAGAUGCUCUCCUACCCUUCCUUGUCCGGAUUCGGCCCUCAAAAUGCCCAAAAUUACAACGUUAAGCCCUAACCACCACCAUAACCACCGUCUCUGUAACGCCCUCAGUCUUCUUCGACGCAGAGAAACAACUUAGUUUACGAGCAUCAGAUCCUCUGCAACAAUGCCCCACCGUAACACCCCUGCACCCGCACUCCCUUCGGUUGUCACCCUCAACUGCAUCGACGAUUGCGCUCUUGAGCAAGACUCUCUAGGCGGCGUUGCAUCCAUCGAGCACGUCCCACUCAGUCGCCUAGCCGAUGGCAAGAUCGAGGCAGCCUCCGCUGUUCUCCUCCAUUCUCUCGCGUUCCUUCCACGUGCCGCUCAGCGCCGACUCCACCCCUACCAGCUUAUUCUCUGCCUCGGCUCUGCUGACCGCGCUGUCGACUCUGCCUUGGCUGCCGACCUCGGUCUCCAGCUCGUCCAUAUUGAUACCUCCCGAGCCGAGGAGAUCGCGGAUACUGUAAUGGCGCUUAUCCUCGGCUUGCUCCGUCGAACUCACCUGCUCUCACGCCACGCACUCUCGGCUUCGGGAUGGCUUGGCUCGGUGCAGCCGCUUUGUCGAGGAAUGAGACGAUGUCGCGGACUGGUUUUGGGGAUCGUUGGUAGAUCUGCUUCAGCUCGAUCAUUGGCUUCGAGGAGCCUGGCUUUCAAGAUGAGUGUGCUUUAUUUUGAUGUUCAAGAGGGAAGUGGAAAAGUAAGUAGGUCUCCUAUAAUAUUUCCAUCUGCUGCCCGAAGAAUGGAUACUCUUAAUGAUCUAUUAGCAGCAAGUGAUCUAGUUUCCCUUCACUGUGCUCUGACAAAUGAAACAGUUCAGAUUAUUAAUGCAGAUUGCUUGCAGCAUAUAAAGCCUGGGGCAUUUCUUGUAAAUACAGGUAGCAGUCAGCUAUUGGAUGAUUGUGCUGUGAAACAGCUUCUAAUUGAUGGCACUUUAGCUGGCUGUGCCUUGGAUGGUGCUGAGGGGCCACAAUGGAUGGAAGCAUGGGUCAGGGAGAUGCCCAAUGUAUUGAUACUUCCACGGAGUGCAGAUUACAGUGAGGAAGUAUGGAUGGAGAUUAGAGAAAAAGCCAUAUCCAUCCUACAGUCAUUUUUCCUUGAUGGGAUUAUUCCCAAGAAUACUGUUUCUGAUGAGGAGGAAACCGAAGUGGGUGAUGAAAACGAUCAAUUUGACAAGCAAGAUAGAGGGUGCAUACCACAAGUGUCCAUGAGUGCGCACUUGACAAAUGAUAUUCAAGUUAGUCCUGAAAGCUCACAGAAAAAGGGCACAAUUCAAUCAAAGGAAUCUCCUAGUCAGCAUCAGGGUUCAGUUUUAUCUCAAAGCACUGGAACUAAAUCUGAUGGAAGGCGUAGCAGGUCAGGAAAAAAGGCUAAAAGGAGGCACGCUCGUCAGAAAUCUCAACAAAAGUCUGAUUCUGUGUUAGAAAAAGAAAGUACUUCACAACGAGAAGAUGAUACUGCCAUGAGUGGCACUGAUCAAGCAUUAACUUCAAGUUCACGGUGUGCUUCUCCUGAAGAUUCAAGAAGUAGGAAAACACCAAUAGAAGUGACUCGAGAAUCAACUUCUGAUCAGCUUCUAAAGGUGAGCAAGAAGCUCGGUGGAAAGUCUAUUGAGCUGCCAAAGGAUGGGUAUGUAAUUGCUUUGUAUGCAAGAGACAAUUCUGCCCUUCAUGUAUCCAGGCAAAGAGUUAAAGGUGGUGGUUGGUUCCUUGAUACCAUGUCUAAUGUAACAAAACGAGAUCCUGCCGCGCAAUUCCUUGUUGUUUACAGAAACAAGGAAACCAUUGGUUUGCGUUCUUUUGCUGCUGGUGGAAAAUUAUUGCAGAUUAAUAGAAGGAUGGAAUUUGUAUUUGCAAGUCACAGCUUUGAUGUUUGGGAGAGUUGGACGUUGGAAGGUUCUUUGGAGGAAUGCCGGCUGGUCAACUGUCGGAAUCCCCUGGCUGUUUUGAAUGUGAGCAUUGAGAUUCUGGCAGUGACAGGGGAAGAUGACGGUGUUAUGCGUUGGCUAGAAUAGGUUGUGAUAGAGUUCAUAAGCAUUAACCUUUUCUUCCUCAUUGCAUUUGUUAUGUUAGGGUUGUAUUUGUGCGAAAACAAUUUGUAAAGGGUUCUUUUUUCUUCUCUUCUGCUGCUUUCCCCUAUUUCACUGUUAGCGAUUUUGUGAAGCAUCAUCAUCAUCAUCUUAUCACUCAAUUUGUGUUUGAGGGUGGGUUUGGUGUCUAGAUGAAGUUGAUGUACUUUAGGGUGUACGAGAGAUUUUCUAUUUGUUUCUUCAUAUGUAUUUGUCUGUUUUACUUCUGCUCA